AUGACAUCCCGGAGCUCAAAUAUUAUAGUUUUGGUGUCAAUAGUUGUUAUAUUUAUUAUAUCACCGGAUCAAUUUAGCCGUCAAUGUGCCGUAAGUCACAAUCACUAUCGAUAUAAACACCGAACUCAGUAUCUGACUGUUUCACAAAAAUUGGUAGAGUACGCUCAGAGUCGGGCCAUAGAUAUGGCCAAAACCAAUGACUUCAACCACAUUGACAGCAAUCCGUACGGCGAAAACCUAUUCAAACGGUCGUCAUCUUCCGGCACACGGGAACAGAUGGUUGCGUUGGACUGCAAUUGGCCGGUCAAGCUCUGGUAUGACGAGAUAGACUUGUAUGACUUCGACAGAGGAAAACAAAAGCCGGGCACUAAAGGCACUUCCGGCCAUUUCACUCAAGUCGUUUGGAAGCGCACCGGUACUAUAGGUUGUGCCAAAUCAUUCAGCGAUAAAACACAUACUAUGUAUGUUAUAUGCCAGUAUGACCCGCCCGGUAAUGUUAUCGGAUUAUACAAAGAAAAUGUACCAAAAUUGUAUUAA